AACCCAUAUUACUUGGGAGGCUGUUUCACUCAUUCACUCUACUGUCUACAUGCUUCGCAUCUCUAUAUAUUUAUACCUCUACUUUCUUCCAUUCUUCAUCAAUCACUUGUUCCACAAACAUACUUUUCAUUCAAACAAAACACCUACUUACUUCAUCUAAUUAUUAAACAUCUACAAGAUCAUUUAAUUAUGAGUUUCAGAAGCAGAGCAUGGAUGCUGGCCGGAACUGUCGGAGUUGUGGAAGCCCUCAAAGAUCAAGGCUUUGCACGAUGGAACACCACCAUCAGGACCAUCCACCACCACGCCAAGUCCAAUCUCCGAUCAAUUUCUCAGACCAAGAAGUUGUCUUCGCCGGCGGUCAUGGCUUCAGGCGGCGGCGUAGAAGAGAGGGCGAAGCAAUCAGAGGAAUCGUUGAGAAAAGUCAUGUAUUUGAGCUGUUGGGGUCCCAAUUGAUCAAACCCCUUGCAACUGUUAUUGAUUUUAGCGUUUUAGACACCAGAUGAAAUGUACAUGUAAUUAUGCAUUGUGUACAACGUUUAUAAUGAAUAUUGAAAAUUGUUUCUGAUCAAA